AGCGGUGGGUUUGCCCGUUCUCCUGCUGUGAGUGACGCGAUCAUCUCUCUUAUCCCUCAACUUUGCCUGUUACCAGACCAGGCAGCCGAGGUGGACGCUGGCUAUCCCCGCUGACAUUCCCAACGCGAUCGCUCCGGCUAAUCACAACAAUACCAACAACAAACACCUAUGGUUCAUUUCCAGGUUCAUCUGCCCCCCCUCGAUUUCUAUUCCCUUCCUGUCGGACUCUCCGAUGUUGUGCCGUCUACAACACGAAGGCGUAAAUCUUUUUCUGAGUAGAGGUGGAUCUUCCAGGAUACGACGAGGAGGUGCAUGAAAGAAUAAGAAAAAAAGAAAGACUUCUGACGGAAAUCGUCGCGCAAAAAAGAAAAAAUGCCACGGAGGAAACAAGAAGCGCCGAAGCGCGCAGCAGCUUAUUCUCCGGAGGAGCUGGCAGAGCAGACUGUGGAGGAUACUGAGGCAGGAGAACAGCCACCGGUACCGCAGGAUGAUGACCUUCCCAUGAAAGAGGAAUUUAUGGAGCAAAGUGUAGGGACUGCUAAGGAGCAGGCAUGUGACCAGGAAUCAGCUGAGGCCACAGAGCUCUCAGGACAAGAGAUGGACAGUGAGUCACAUGCAAGUGAAGCCAGUGACCGCCUCUCAGACUUUGAAAGCCCACCGAGAAAAGCAGAAUCCAACUUCACUCCAGCUUCUUUGAAUCCUGAUGCCAAAACACCUCCCAUAGCCAUGGACACAUUAGAACAAAUGAAAGCUAUCUACUCAAGUUUUCUGACCAGCCCUUUAUGGUCACCACUGAACUUGAAUUCCCCACAACUUCAGGCACAGUCCUCAGCUGCUACAGAGAAGCCAGCACGAAGCAACAGCACUAGCAGCAGUAGUAGCUGCAGCAGCAGUAGCUUUGACUGGCAUCAGUCUGCAGUAGCAAAGACCCUACAACAACACCCUCCUCAGAGCCGUCACCCUGCUCCAUCUGAGCCAAGCUUAUUUAGCACAGUACAGCUUCACAGGCAAAACCCAAAGCUGUUUGGCUCAAUCUUUACUGGGGCUAGCAAAUUCCGCUGUAAGGGCUGCAGUGCCGCUUAUGACACUUUGGUGGAACUGACCGUUCACAUGAAUGAUACAGGCCACUACCGGGAUGACAACCAAGACAAAGGAGGCAGUGGUUCAAAGCGAUGGUCCAAACCACGUAAGAGAUCCCUGCUCGAGAUGGAAGGAAAAGAGGAUGCCCAGAAGGUUCUGAAAUGUAUGUAUUGUGGCCAUUCCUUUGAAUCACUCCAGGAUCUCAGUGUCCAUAUGAUUAAGACCAAACACUACCAGAAAGUGCCUCUGAAGGAGCCAAUGGCCCCAGUGGCAACCAAAAUCAUGUCCUCUAAAAAAAGGGGACUUGUGGGGUUAGACCUCACCUCUUCACGAUCAAGAGAAGGAACCCCCAAAUCAAAAUCAGAUUCAACUGAACCCUCACACAAACCUUCCUCCAACUCCUAUUCUAAUCCUAAUAACCGAUACAGCCACCAGAAUGGUGCCAGUUACUCUUGGCAGUUUGAGUCUAAUAAGCUCCAGAUACUCAAGUGCAUGGAAUGUGGAAGCUCCUAUAAUACACUUCAAGAGCUGAGGACCCACAUGAUGGUGACCGGACACUACCUGAGGGUGUCCAACUCAGUGGGUAAGAGAAUUAAAGCAGUUCCUGAGGCAACCUCCCCAAGUCCUGGGAGAGUCACCACACCUACUGAUCAAAAAGUCCAGUCUGUACCACUUGCACCCUCCACCUUCUCUCCUCCACCUCCUCCAAACAACACAACUCCCUCCAGCUCUCCUCCUCUGAAAGAGAUCAAGAAAGAAGAGGUUGAGGAGGAGUGCACCAAACAAGAGACUAGUGUAAAUGAAAAGCAAGUCAUGACCACUGUUGGUAAAGAGGAAGACACUGAGGGAGAGGAAAAAUAUGACAUUUCAAAGUAUCAUUAUCUUACAGAGGAUGAUCUGAAGGAGAGCCCAAAAGGGGGGAUUGAUAUCCUUAAAUCACUGGAAAACACUGUGACUUCAGCUAUCAAUAAGGCACAGAGUGGGAAUCCAACCUGGGGAGGCUAUCCCAGCAUCCAUGCAGCCUAUCAAUUCCCCAGUGCCCUCAAGCUCCAACAAGGAAACAUGGAAAAGAAUUCACAGAUGAAGUUUUUGUUCAAUGGAGGUGAUGGGGUGUUGUCCUCUUAUGUUAAAAACCAGCCCCUAAUUUCUCCACCUAUAAGUCAUUCUUCUCCCUUUCCCACUAACAAUUUUCAAGCAAUGGAAGAUUUAGUAAAAAAGGUGACAGAGAAAGUAGCAAAGGUGGAGCAAAGGGUAAAGCAGUUGUCGCCAAAGACGGAGAACCAGCUGUCCCCAUGUAGCAGUGAAGCUGGAGAAUCACACAAGGGAGGAGAGACUGACUCACCUCGGGAAUGGAGGGAGGUUACUUCAGCCAAUAGUGACAGGGGGAGCCAUAGUGACAGGGCAUCCCCAGCAACGGAUCCCAAGAGAAACUCAGCCGUUAAAUCUCCCCUCGCUUCCGCACUGAGAUGCAGCACUACCAUUAUCACUGGUCACACUCCUCCCGAACAGCCCUUUGUCAACCCACUAAGUGCUCUUCAAUCCGUAAUGAACAUUCAUUUGGGGAAAGCAGCCAAACCCUCUUUGCCAAAUCAAGAUCCCCUUAGCCUGCUUUCCAGACUCAGCCAGAGCAUGACUGAGAAGGCUGCAGUGGCUGCUUCCCCGUUGCACACCAAAAAACAUGACAGUGUAGUUGAUAACAGCAUUUGCCAGGCCAGCGAUGACCAGCCUAUCGACCUCACUAAAAGUAAAAAUGAUAAAGGUGGUUCUGUGGGCUCAGGCCCAGUAACUCCCUCAUCAACAGUCUCUUCUAUCUCCCCUAUCUCUCUUGUUACCCCUUCAAAGUUAACAGUGGUGUCUCCCUAUAUUUCCAGCAGUCCUCUGCAUGAGAACGCAUUGUCGGAUAUCUCAGACAUGCUUAGAAACUUGACACAAUCGCACCCUGUAGCAAAGCCUGCUUCACGGUCCCGUGCCACAGAUAAAAUGGAGGUUGUAGGGACUACACACGAUGAGGAUGACGUGUCUCUGCAUGGCCACAAGCGAAAGGGCCGUCACUCCAACUGGAACCCUCAGCAUCUCCUUCUGCUGCAGGCCCAGUUUGCCUCCAGCCUGAGACAGACUUCAGAUGGGAAGUAUAAUAUUAAUGACCUCAGCCCACAAGAAAGAAUGCAUAUAUCUCGCUUUACCGGUCUCUCCAUGACUACCAUCAGUCACUGGUUGGCUAAUGUCAAGUAUCAGCUAAGGAGAACAGGCAGAACCAAGUUUCUUAAGAACCUUGACUCUGGCCAGCCUAUAUUCUUUUGCAGUGACUGUGCCUCUCAGAUCCGAACCCCAACAGCAUAUGUUAGCCACCUGGAAGCCCACCUGGGCUUCAGAGUUAGGGACCUGGCCAAGCUCUCCCCGAAACAGACUGCAAGGGACACAAACACUCUCACAGAGAAAGUAGCGCCCAUGGAUUCCUUGCUUCUGCCGCAAUCUCCCGAUGACUGCAGCAGUAAUGGAGCUGUAUUCAGCUGCCAGCUCUGUGUCCGUAAGUUCGCCACUAAGCAUGCUAUCAAGCUUCACCUCAGCAAGAGCCAUGGAAAGUCUCCAGAGGACCAUCUGCUAUAUGUUUGUGAAGUAGAGAAACACUAAAUUACUUGUAGCACUAGGCAUACUGGAAUAUGUAUGUAGAAUGACUGUUAAAAACAGGAAACUUCAGAGAAUCUACAAAAUCUUGGGUAAUACAUGAAGACAAUAUUAACUACUGUCUAAAGAAGUUUCACACAAUGUGUUUACCUUAGUUUGGCCUACAAACAUUUAUAAUUUCACUGUAUUUCAAGACAUUUAUUUCAUUUCAAAGUAUAUUGUAGCUCAAAGAUAUACAGCUUUCUCUGUCUGUGUUCACCUUCAAAAAUGUGUAAGAAUGCGAUGAAUCUGUUGAGUAGAAAAGAAAAGGCAUUGACUUGAAACCUAUAAAACCUGAUGUAUUUAUUUUGUAUGGAAGUGAGGAUUUAAUCUGCUGGUAGUCUGCAUGUUUUAUUGUUACAUUUGUACAGUCCUGUCUUGUCAAGAGUUUAAAAAUCCUGUUCAGAUUAGUCAUUUUAAACACCUUAUAGCAGCCAAAUUCCUGGGAAAGCUCCCUAAAAGAAUCUGCCAAACUGUAGAAAUUCAUUUUUUUUAUUGUUAUCAAUUAUCUUUGCUGAUUGUAAAAUCUGCCUUAUUCACCAUCACUGAGUAAGGGGCACUUCAAAUCCAGGUCUGUGUAAAAAUGUACAUAUAUUGUGUAAGCUUACAAUUUGCUGUUUAAAUUAUGCAUACUUGUUAUAUUUCCUAAUUUAAGAGGACUAUGACUAUCCACUGGUGCAGAGUCUUUGAAGAAGAUAAAAAAGGACAAUGUUUUGCACAAUAGUUUUAUAAAUGUUAUUUGAUAUAAAAAGACACAAUACAGAUAUGUUGACGCCUCGUGCUUCUAUGAUUAAACUGAAUUAA